AUGGACAAGUACAUAGUCUUGGGUACAGUGGGCGAAGGUACUUAUGGUACAGUAGCCAAGUGUCUGAAUGAAUCGACUGGAUUGAUGGUAGCAAUGAAAAGAUUACGAAACCCACUUCAAAGUGGCCAUUAUUACUCUGAAAUGAUCGUACGUGAAAUUAAUCUUUUGCGGUUGCUAAGAAAUGAUCAUGUAGUUGAAAUAAUCGAUGUUAUCCGGGUCUCUGGUUACAUUUACAUGGUGUUUCCGUUCAUGCAGUGUAAUCUGUACACAUACUUGGAAAAUAAUGGUGGAGCACUGACUAUGGAUCACACUAAAGAAUGCAUAUACCAAGUACGUAGAAACUUAGCUCGAAAAUAGUUGACCACCAAAUUAUUUGUUUUUUGACAGGUAUUAAAAGGACUAAGCUACGUGCAUAGUCAUAAUGUCAUACACCGUGACAUUAAGCCAGAAAAUCUUUUGUUAACUGUUGCUGGAAUUAUCAAGAUCUGUGAUUUUGGUGCAUCUCGUAUGUUUUGCUCGAGUGGGUCAUUAGACAUGAGUACUGAAGUAGGAACUCUAUGGUACCAGGCUCCAGAAAUGUUGAUGGAACUAAAAAUCUACGAUACUAUGGUAGACAUUUGGUCGGUUGGUAUGUUCUAAGAGUAAAAUACUAUAUAAGUAACAUUCUCACACUUCAAAUUAUUACAGGCAUUUUGUUUACGGAAUUAGUCAACAGAUGGCCCUUGGUCACCGAAGAAACUAUUGAUUACCAGUUGUAUGGCAUUAUUGAAAUACUGGGAUGCAAGGACCAUAACUCAAUAGUUAUCAAUGAAUACUUGCACAAUCGCGGCAUUGAGCUGAGCAUAGAAAAUCAACAGGAACAACCUUUAUGUAAAUCUUAUACAAUUUCUAAUACUGCCUUAGCACUUCGAAGGGUAUACCCUGAGUGGCCAACAGAUCUGCUAAAAAUAGUGGCACACUGUUUACAAUUAAACCCGGUAGACCGCAUGAAUGCUGCACAGUUACUGAACAUGGAGUUUUUUACCACUGGAAUGUUUAUGACAAACUUUGAUAAAGAGCUGGAAAACAAACUGAAAUAUGACAAAACAAUAGAAAAUACAAAUAAAUACUGUGAAACACUAUAA